CAAGCAAAGAUGUGGAACCGUGGAAACCUGCUGUUCACCAUCUGCAUUGCUCUGAGGUGUGUGACCAGUGCAGGAGAGGUUGUCCAUGUUACUGGUUAUCUGGGAGGUGAGCUUAAGAUUUCCUGCUCCUAUGGUCAGGGUUAUGAGUCCUAUGAGAAGUACCUGUGUAAGAAUGACUGUGGUCACAGUGACGUUCUUAUCACAACAUCAAACCCCGUGAAAAAUAAAUACAUGAUCCAUGAUGAGAAAAGGGCACGAAUCUUCACAACGACCAUCUCUGAUCUUCGUUCCACGGAUGCUGGGACAUACUGGUGUGGAGUGAGCAGAAACGGGAAAGACAUCUACACUGAAGUCAAGCUGAAAUUAGUGGAAGACAGCUGCUGUAAUAGUGCAAGAAAAAUCAAAAGCCAUGAAGGAUAUUCAGAGUCCAUCAGUUGUCCGUAUGAGUCUCAGUACCAGAACAAUCUGAAGUACAUCUGCAGAGGAAACCGGCCCUCCACAUGUCUGCAGCAGGCACUGAUCACCUCUGAGAACAAACAAAAUGGACGAUUCAGACUUGAUGAUGAAAAGGAGUCAAGAAAAUUCACAGUGACCAUCAGCAGUUUGAGCCAAAAUGACUCAGGGUCGUACCUUUGUGGUGUCCAAAGAAACUCUGACCUGGAUGAUUUCUCUGCUGUUGAGCUGGAAGUUGAAGAGUGGUGCUGUGACGAGUCAAAAAUAACAAGUGGAGUUGUAGGACACCCACUAACUUUGCAGUGUCCUUAUCCUCCACAACACCGAAAUAACAGGAAGUUCCUCUGUAAGGGAGACCACCGCAAAAACUGCACCGACACGGUGACGAGUCAAAGCAGAUUCGCGCUGCAAGAUGAUGUUUCUUCCAGCUCUUUCUCAGUGAGGAUCACAGAGCUGGAAGCAGCUGAUGCUGGGACAUACUGGUGUGGGUCUGACUCACAGUGGAGGGUUGGAAACUACACCAAGAUUGAGCUGUCAGUUGUCUCUCUGCAGCACACCAGCGCCGUACCUUCCACCACCACAGUGGAAACUAUUGGAAAAACUCCAUCACAAGUUCCAGAUGCAGCACUGUAUGUGGUUUACACUGUACCCCCUGUGCUACUGCUUCUGAUCUGUGUCCUCGUGGUUAUGGUUUAUAAGUGCAAACAUUACAAAGCAAAAGGAGAUGAAGCUGUCAUGAACAGAAAAACACAAAAGGCAGAAGGUUUAGAGGAAGUGAUGGGUGCAGCAGCAAGUGAUAAUUAUGGAAACAAAGAAGUUGUGAUGUACGCAAAGUCCUCCAAACAACAGAGUGCCUGUAACCACUAUGACGAUGAUGACAAUGAUGAUGAUGAUGAUGCAAGUGAAGAUGAACCAGACUAUGAAAAUGUCACAACUGAAGAAAUCUACUGCAAUGAAAAUUUCCAUAAAGCCAAUAGAAGAUAAACAGAGCGUGCAUUUGAGGUCGAACUGUGGGUCUCAACUGUACAAAGAUUGUUGUGUUUGAUUCGUCUUUAAGAUUAACAGAUGUUAAUGUACAGGGAUCCAGACUUCUCAUUGUCUCUGAAAACAUUGUUGUGGUUUCUGUUUUACCACGAGAAACAGCUGCUCUUUAUACAUUUAUAGUUUCAUCUCUUACUCUUUUGCUACUUUGCUUUCAUUUUUAUUGCGUAUUGUUAAUAACAUAAUCUGCACUGCUUUCAUGAAAUUGUGGAAAACCUCUGAUGUAAAUGACUGAAAUGAAAUGAAAUGUGAAAUGAUUAAAUAAGUGAAGAACAUGAAA